AUGGUCUGCGCAUCUCUCUUUCCGACCUCCACAAAUCUGGUGACCCAGUACGAACACCAAGCCCUGGCUCACGCCCAGCUUGCCGACAGUGACCUGGAAGCCUUGCGCGCGUCAUCCACCUCGCUGCGGCUUGAGGACGUCACGCUCCCAGGUUCACCAACCCGCCUUUGCUGCGACACUUCCACUUCUCCACCCAGACCAUACGUGCCCACACCUCUCCGUCGGUCCAUCUUCGACUCGCUGCACAACCUCGCCCAUCCCGGAGUGCGGGCGACCCAACGACUCGUCGGUGCACGGUUUGUGUGGCCCAGCAUGAAUGCCGACAUUCGUUCGUGGGUGGCCGCCUGCAACCCGUGCCAACGAUCGAAGAUCGGACGGCACACUGUUGCUCCCCUUGGCCGUUUCAUGCCCCCCGACGCACGGUUCGAUCAUGUGCACGUCGACAUCGUGGGCCCGCUUCCACCAUCCUCUGGCCAACGCUACCUCCUGACCGCCGUCGACAGGUUUACCCGCUGGCCAGAGGCGGCCCCGAUGCCUGAUGCAACAGGUGCCACUGUGGCCGAAACAUUCCUGGCCACUUGGAUCGCCCGUUUUGGCGUGCCAUCCCUUAUAACAACUGACCGUGGCGCUCAGUUCGAGGCCAAGCUCUUCUCGGCUUUCCUCCAGCUCCUCGGUUCGAGCAGAAUCAGAACCACAUCUUAUCACCCAUCUUCCAACGGGUUGGUGGAGCGCUUUCACCGUCAACUAAAGGCAGCCAUUAUGGCCCACGAAAACGCCGUCAGCUGGCCUACCAUCCUUCCCAUCGUCCUGCUUGGCAUUCGCGCCACCACGAAACCAGACCUCGGCUGCUGCCCGGCCGAACUCGUUUACGGCACCACCUUACUCCUGCCAGCUGAUUUCUUCGUCCCGUCGCAAGCUUCUGUCACCGACCCGCCUACAUACGUCGACAAGCUGCGCCAGAUUUUCGAGGACGUCCGACCAGAUUCGCCGCGUACUUGCCCCGGCCGCACACCCUUCGUGCCCCAAGCCCUCUCGACCGCCACGCACGUUUUUAUGCGGCGUGAUGCCGUGCGUAAAGCCCUGCAGCCGCCAUACUCCGGACCGCACCUAGUCAUCAGCCGCUCCAGCAAACACUUCACCUUAAACGUCAACGGGAAGUCUGACACCGUGAGCAUUGACAGGCUCAAGCCCGCUUUCGUCGAGCCACCUGUCUCUCCCACCUGCUCUGCAGUCCCCUUCUCUGCGUCGCCGCCGCUUGCCAUCCCAGCCCAUCCCCUUCCCCGCAAGAAGGUCUCCUGGUCCGAUCGCUCCUUCCGGAGUCCAGGGGGAGGGCCCUGUAGCAGACAUCGCUUUGCGGCCGGCCGACAACGAUGA